UUCAUACCAUCUGUGGUGGGUUUUUCCACGUGGGACUUUCCCGACGCUGUCAUCACAUGUUGAUUUCAUCACCGUGCUUACUUCACUAGUUACGGUCUGCACUUUCCCCAAUUCACUCAGUACUACGCUGACUGACACAGAAUCAAAACAAGCAUUUUUUGAACAGUCCUGAGCCGUGACUCUGACCACGCAAUGCAAAUGGCAGACAAACAUGUAGCGAGCGCAGGUGGAGGUCGCAGGAUUCAGAACAUGUAUGCUUAGAAGGGAAACAUCAGACUGGCAGAGGGCCGGGGAGGCUGCCCUUACCAUCCGGGAGCACUCCCUGGCCAAGUGGGCUCCUGCCAAGAACCGGGCGCUCAGGCUGAGGAGGACGGCCUCGCAUGUACAGACGACCAGCAGGGCUUGUGGUGAGAUGUUGUCACAGGGACGAGAGUCGUCCCGGGGUGUGCUAGAGGACGCCGAGUGCAGCUCUGCCCGGUGCGGCGACCGUCCGAUACAGCUGUUUGUCAACAGUUCUUUGAGAAUGCCACUCUGCCUGCAGCUGCCACCAUCCACCUCAGUCUCUGCCUUGAAGGGAUUACUGGAAGACAAACUCGGGAUUGAAACAGAAAAGCAGCAUCUCUAUACCGGGAUGCAGGCUGAGCUUCGUGAACCGCUGUCCUUGGAGGAUCAUGGCAUCAAGCAAGAUACCAACUUGGAGUUGCGUCUGGUGUCUGGACUAAUGGGAGGAACUCGGAAGAAAAAAUCAGCAGAGACGAGGAAAAAAUCUGGCAAGAAGCAGCAACUGAAAGAGGAACCAGAAUCUGAGAAAGUUUCCACUGACGAGAGCCACGAGAGGAAACCCGAAGAAUCACUGCCAUCGGAGAGAGAACCAAACUUUCCUUCCACAGCAGGUACUGUUGCAAGGAGGAGAAGGAGGCUCAAGAAAGCAAGCAAGACACCCCAGUCUCUGGAAGGAGCAGCUGCCUUGCCUGAUGGCAAACUUGGAGAGGACCCCGCCGAGGGGGACAGUCAUCAACCCAGUGCCUGCUCCGCAGACAGUGCUGGGGGUCGCAGACAACCAGACUCAGGGAGAAGGAAGAAGAGAAGAUCCAGGAAGAAGUCGUGGGCACAGAUCCAUCCCAUCCCUGAAAAUGCUCCUGACAGGCUAGAACAUGAGGAAAAAAGCAGCACCAACAUCGCCAGUGCAGUAGCAAGGGAUGGCAUGACCACAGAAUCAACAAAAUCCUGUACCAGCUCUGCGGCGAGCACUGAUGCUGCCAUGGAACCAGAGAAGUCCCGCUCGGUGACAGGAGUAAGCGCUGGUGCCACCACAGAGCCACAGAAGUCCCACGUCACCUUGGCAGCGAGCGCCGACGCAACCAUGGAACCCAAGGAGUUCCAAGUCAUGACCGCAGCGAGUGCUGAUGCGACUACAGACCCACAAAGAUCACACUCUACCUCAGCAGCGAGCGUUGCUGCUGAGGUAGAGGAACCAGAGAAGUCCCACGCCCUGACUGCAGUGAGUAGUGAUGUCCUCAUAAAACCACAGAGGCGCGACGCUACCUCUGCAGCUAGCAGCAGUACACCGCUGGAACCUGAGACGUGCCACACCACUUCUGCAGUAACUUCCACAGAACCAAAUUGUUAUGUCUCGCCAUCAAAGCUUCAUCCUGAGCAUUCACCUUCCGCCUCUGCACCGCAAUCGUGUCAUCAGCCCAUGUCGCUCGACAUCACUGGUGGCCAUUGUCCGGUAUUUUUGGGCCCUGCCACCGGGAAUGUGUUCAUCGUUGUAAAAGACCCAAAAGAUGUUGCGCCCUUGCUGCCCGACAGCACAGCGACCAACAAGCAACCAGUUCCAUCUAUACCCAGCUGUCCUCAAUCCACGUUCUUAAAUGUGAACGUCGGCGGAAGUCAGAACCCCACCUUUGUGGGCGGAGCAAGUGGAAACACCUUCACUUUCGGUCAGCGAGGGGCAGUGUCUGGAUCAACAGCUGGAAAAUUAUCAAGUGGAGAUGGUUCCUGUUCUUUGGAGAAUGGAGGCUGUGCAAGUGAAAAGAGUCCAGGUGCCAGUCAGGCUGAAAUGGCCGCUGACAUAUGUGAAGAGUCGUUAAAAACACGGUACAUGACCACAGGGAGCUAUGUGCAGAUGAUCCCAUGGGUGGAUGAUGACACGAAACACAUCAUGGACAUCUAUACACAGUUGCAACUAGUAAACGAUGAUGGUCAGGAAAGAAGGAAUGUGAUGUAUGAGGAUUUAUUCCACAUUAAGACCAGAGAGGGCCAUCUCGUCAAACGCAUAAUCUGCAACGGGUUUCCAGGUCUGGGCAAAUCGACUCUCAUCGACAAAAUUGCCUAUGACUGGGCACUUGGCUCUGUUGAGGCAAUCAAAAAGUACAAACUCGUCUUUGUGCUGAAGAUGCAUGCUCUGGAGCAAAGUUCAGACCUGAUUGAUGCAAUCUUUGAUCAGCUGAUAAAUCCAAAGACCGUCAAGAAGGAAGAUUUGAGUGCAUACAUCGCUGCCAACUCCCACAAGAUGCUGAUCCUCCUGGAUGGGUUUGAUGAGUUCAUGACCACCAACCUCCGUCCGAAGGCAUUCGGUUCCAUCUUGAAUAUCCUCAACCGCAAAGAAUGCCCCGAGUGCACCGUCAUCGCGACCACCAGGCCGUCGCAUUUUGCAAAGUUAGCAAGCAAAUCAUUGAUUCAGAAGCCUUUCACCCACGUGCGCGUUCUGGGGUUCAGCGCAGAGGAUGUGGAGAAGUAUGUGGGAAGAUUCUACUCAAAGGAGCCCCACAAGUCCCGGGGUCUUUUUGAGAGGAUUCAGUCCUCCAAUGUCCUGUCCGAUCUGGCUAAGAGUCCGAUGCUGCUUCUCUUGAUGUGUUUGCUGUGGAGAGGGAAAUCUGCUCUCCCUGACACGAUGUCACGCCUGUACAGCGAAGCAAUCAGUUACAUUUUCAAGAGGAAAGGUGUGUCUGAAGAGGAAGUAUCACAAGUUGUGGUCGAGAUUGGAAAGAUUGCUCUACGCGGUCUUGUCUCUCCUGUGCAAUUACUUUCAUUUCAAGAGAAAGAAUUUGAUGAUGAAGCCACAUUUGACAUCGCCAUAAAAGCAGGCCUUCUGACCAGCCAAAGGGUGUUGAAAGGGCUGAACACUCACAACAGCAUACAGUUUGUCCACAAGACAUUUCAAGAGUUCUGUGCGGCGCAGUUCUGCCAAAGUGAAUCCGCAUCAGGGAGCGAGGAAUUCCAGCAGGUUCUCAAGCAGUUUGCUAAUCCUCUGACCUAUGAGUACCUGCUACGCUUCUGCUGUGGUGACAAUGAGGAAUGCACAAAUAUGAUUCUGAAGAUGCUGCAGAAGAACCAGUUGGAUGACAGGGUGUUGAAGCUGUCCCUGAAUUGCUACUUUGAGAGUCAGUCCCAAAGUUUGCCUUCUCUGGACUUCAUCAAGUCAGUUGUGUCCAGGUCGGUAUGCUUAAAGAACUUCAACAGUGAUGACCUGACCUCAUUUGUGUGGUUCCUGAAACGUGUAACGGAUCAGAGAUUGGGUGGUGAGAGUACCAUUCUCACCAGAGUCCAGGAAAUGGAGAUACUGUCAUGCAACCUUCAGAGCUGCAGCAAAGAUCUGGCGCAUUUUGUCAGCAGGAUGACCAAUCUGUCUUUGUUUCACUUGAGGUGGUCUUGGUUGAGUGACAGCAACUUGAAACACAUUGCCUCAGCUUUGGGCAACUUGGCAAACCUGAGCCAACUGGGUCUGGCAUUUAACAAAGGCCUGGUAGGCUCAGUACUCUCAGGGGUCCUGAGUUUCUCAAAGAUGCAUCACUACAUGUUGGACUCAUGUUGUGGCUCUGUGUCAAGUACAGAUAUGAAACCUGCUGUAGUGCCAGUAAGUAGUGUCUUCACUCUGGUUAACCUAGACCUGUCUGGUAACAUCUUGUCCGGUUCAGGUCGAUCGCUGACUUUGCUUCAGCACAUGAAGCAUCUCAAGAAACUGACACUAGAUCACUGUCACUUAGAUACUCAGGAUUUCAUACAAGUCGCCUCGCUUGUUGGCCAUAUGGGAAACCUUGUUUAUUGCAGUGUUGAUGAUGCCCUUCGGGUGAAGCCGAGCAGGAGUGGAAUAAGGUUGACAAUGAAGCAGUACUCAUUCAGGGGUGCCGACAUGGCAAAUAUUCUCAAGGAACUGGCUAGCAGGAGCGACUUGGUUGAGUUGAUUCUUAAACGCAUUGAUGAAAUGAGUUGUUCGGCAGCUACAUGGGCUCCUAGUCUAAACCAGCUGAGGCAUCUGCAGCGGUUGCUCGUACAAGACUGCUCCUUGCAGAGCAUGGAUCUGGAGCCGAUCGCUGUGUCACUGAGCAAUAUUUCCACCUUGGUAGAACUGGAUCUGUCUCAGAACAAAUCCUUAAGAAGCUCGGGGUCCUCACUCUCCCACUUGCAAAUUUUAACACAGCUCAGAAAGUUGAAAUUAGAUUUUUGCAAUUUCUGCUCACAGGACAUGAGAUAUCUUGCAGCCGUGAUAGGCAGCAUCAGGAAUCUCGUGUUCUGUUGCAUCGACAGCAACUUUGUGGUAAACCAGACCAGCGCUGGCAUUAAGGUGGUUCUGAUGUCUUGCCCACUGGUCGCUGCAGAUGUGGGGGAGGUUUUCAAGGCUUUGAGCAAGAGGACUGACUUGGUUCAGUUAGUCAUGAGUGGCAUAACUGUGUUGAGUGGCUCAUCAGAUUCAUGGGCCCCACACAUCAAGCAACUGAAACAUCUGCAGCGGCUGGCGUUGACCCAGUGUUCGUUGCAGAGCGGAGACAUUGAACACAUUGUGGAAUCAGUGUGUGAAAUGCCAACUCUGGCAGAACUUGAUCUGUCCAAAAAUGAAUCCCUCUGCAACUCUGUUACACAGUGGGCUCAUUUGCAGCGCUUGACCUUCCUGAAGAAGUUGAGGUUAAUGGCUUGUGAUCUCAGCCUAGAGGACAUGAAGUGCCUUUCUGCCUCAGUUGGUGCCAUGAGUAAUCUUGUGCAUUGCAGUAUUGACGAUGUCCUACGUGUCACACCAACGGUCAGCGGUGUCAAACUGGACCUCGGCCAUUAUCCCUUCACCGGACCACACCUUGCUGAUAUAAUCGGAGCAAUGAGUGACAGAGUUGACUUGGUGGAGCUGAUUCUUGGCAGUGUCAAUGGGCUUAGUGACUCAGCCACCCGUCCUUGGUUUCCUCACUUGAUGCAACUGAAGCACCUCACGAGGAUAGAGCUACACUGCUGCUCGUUGCAGGGUGAGGACAUUGAACACAUUGCUGUAUCGCUGAGCAAUAUGCGCACUCUGACAGAACUGAAUCUGUCUAAGAAUGAAUCUCUGCGGGAUUCAGGUGCCUCAUGGACACACCUACAACACCUCAAACAGCUCAAGAAGCUCAAAGUCAACUCCUGCAACUUGAGCCUCCAGGAUUUGAAGUACCUAGCGGCGUUGAUUGGCCGUAUGGCAAAUCUAGUGUAUUGUUCUUGCGCCUUCGGUCAUGUGACCUUUCAGAUCAACCCAGUCCAUGCAGGUGUGAGGCUGACCAUGAGUGCCUGCCCGUUCAGUGCGACAGAUGUGACAGAUGUUCUGAUGACAGUGCGCGGCCGACAGGACAUUGUUGGCCUGGCAGCCUGUCACAUGCCAGAGCUGGGUGGUUCAACAGCUGUGUGGACCCCUUCUCUGGGACACUUCAAAUGCCUAGGGCAGCUGAUAUUGAGGCACUGCUCUCUGCAGGGCACAGACAUAGAACACAUCGCAACAUUGGUCAGUGAGAUGCCCAACUUGGUCAAACUAGAUCUUUGUGGAAACAGCUCCCUGGGUGACUCGGCUGAAUUUUGGGCUCCUUGGCUAAAAAAACUGACACACCUUCAAAGACUGAACUUGGGCAAAGGUGCAAUAACAGUAAAAGAUCUGGAACACCUCUAAACCCACUUUGGAUCAAAUUUUGUUGAAAUUGGUAGGCUUUCUGGUAAAUACAGAAUAAGUUGCAUAAUAGAGUUUUACCUUAUGAGUCUAAAUUUGAUUGAUUCUUGAAUGCAAAAUACAUUGAUUGUGAAAAAUAAAGCAGUGGAGUUACUGAAUUAUAAAACUUUCAAGCUUGAUGUGAUAUGUGAGGUUCAUAUCAUAAAAGUCAAGGCUGAAUACAGAGGUGUGUGUUAUUUUUACAGGGUAAAUGACCUACUCUACAGGUCAUUGACAAGAAUAUAAU